AUGAAGAAACCCACCAAAGAAAUGCCUAAAAAAAAAAGAAACGUUAGUAUGAAGAAAAUCUCAAAAAAACAACGACAACGAAAUCCACCAAAGAAUAACAAGCAAACGACGAAGAAAUGCCUAAAAAAAAGAAACGUUAAUACAAAGAAAAACAUGACAAAGAAACCUAUCGAAGAAACCCACCGAAGAAAAACAAAAA